AUGUCUGUGGCUGAGUAUACCAACAAGUUCGAAGAGCUUUGUAGGUUUUUUCGGGUGUGUCAGGGUGACCCAGAGACUUACGAGAGCUGGAGAUGCAUUAAGUACCAAAGGGGUUUGAAGGAUAACAUUAUGACUGCUGUGGCUCCUUUGGAGAUCCGUGUCUUCUCUGACUUAGUGAACAAGGCUAGAAUAGUGGAAGAAUAUGCCAAGACUGUGGCGGCAUCCAAGGACACUCAUGGAGGGAGCUCUAGUUGGGGGCAUGGCAAGUACUUUCAUCCGAGAGGACAAAGCUUCAAGAGAGGAGGAUAUACGCCUCAAAGCCAAGGGGGCUUCGGAAAGAAUAAUCAGAAUCAAUUUCAGUAUGCUAAGGGAAGAGGAAAUCAGUGUAAGAAUUCUCCGGAUUUGAGUUGUGUACGUUGUGGGCAUUUCCAUCCUUAUGACUCAUGCAAAAUUGGUUUAGGUGGUUGUUUCAAUUGUGGGUUUCCUGGCCACAUUGCGAGGGAUUGCACUUGUGGGAGGAACCAAAAUGUGGGCCAAAGUCAGCAUCAAGGUCGAGUCUUUGCUGUGAAUGCCAAGGAUGCUUCCAAGGCGGAUCCGUUGAUGAGAGGUAUAUGUCUAAUUGGUGAUAAGUCCUUAGAUGCAUUAUAUGAUACUAGAGCUUCACAUUCAUUUAUUUCGUUUGCUAAAGUUGAGGAGUUAGGCUUGAAAGUGUCAGAGUUACCUUUUGAUCUGCAUGUGCAUACUCUGCAUCAAAUAAUUAUGACUAGGUCAGGUUGUAGACAAUUUAUGCCGGAAGGAGAGAAUGGAUCAGUGGUAGCCACGGGGUAUUACUUGAACUCUGUAAUGGUGCAUUGUAGUGGGGAGGAAUGUCAGGGUUAUAUUCUGUUGGCUGCUAAUGCGUUGGGUGAUGCCCAGAACUUAGAUCAGAUUUCGGUGGUUAGAGAUUUUCCAGAAGUGUUCCCGAAAGAUAUCCCUGAGUUCCCACCUCAAAGGGAAAUUGAAUUUGCAAUUGAAUUGGUGUCGGGACCAGGACCAGUGUCGAUUGCACUAUAUAGAAUGGCUCCGAUAGAACUCGUCGAAUUAAAGACUCAGUUGGAAGAACUUCUGAAUAAGAGGUUCAUUCGACCGAGUGUAUCACCAUGGGGAGCGCCAGUUUUAUUGGUGAAGAAGAAAGAUGGAGGAAUGCAUUUGUGCGUGUAUUACCGACAGUUGAACAAGGUGACUGUGAAGAAUAAGUACCCGCUGCCAAGGAUAGAUGACUUGAUGGACCAUUUGCAAGGAACUAGAGUGUUUUCCAAGAUUGAUUUGAGAUCCAGUUACCAUUAG